UUUGGGUCACGUGACGCCACCUCUUCGGACUGGAGAAAGCUAGGACUUGCGGUGUCAACCAGCUACCUGGCUGAGGAUCGUUCCUUUCAGUUUUGACCACUCCUCUGCUCGAUACCUUCAGUUCUGCGUUCAGCGGGGCGGGUGGCAGAAAUAUCAGUGUUCGUUGAUUUUUUUCAUGUCUCUUUUACUCCAUAGCGUUUGAAGUCAGCUUUUACUAAGCGCCCGCCGGUGACAGUGUUUUGCCAGGCCUUCUUCCAGAGGAAGAAGACCUGGAUACUCCUCCAUUGCUAUUUUAUCCACUUGGGUUCUGUUAUAAUCGCAGAAUCCUGCGUUCUGAAUUCCCAUUUUCUGCCUAACUCCAUUGAUUUAUUUGCUCACUUACCCGACAAUCGUUAAUUGAACGGUGUCCUAGGCCCUACUUUUCAGGCUGAAUAAGUUGCAGACCCUGUCCUCGAGUUCAGUCUAAUAACAAGUGCAGGGUUCUUUUUCUGCUGCAUCUGAAAGCAUGGGUAGCAAGAAGCUCAGAAGAGUGGGCUUAUCACAAGAGCUGUGUGACCGUCUGAACAGACAUCAAAUUGUUACCUGUCAGGACUUUUUAUGUCUUUCGCCACUGGAACUUAUGAAGAUGACUGGCCUUAGUUAUCGAGGUGUCCAUGAACUUCUGUGUAUGGUCAGUAGAGCCUGUGCCCCACAGAUGCAAACGGCUUAUGGGUUAAAGAUGCAAACAUCUGCCUCUGUCUCACCAGUGUUCUUAGCUACAACUCUUUCUGCGUUGGAUGAAGCCCUGCAUGGUGGAGUGGCUUGUGGAUCCCUCACAGAGAUUACAGGCCCACCAGGUUGUGGAAAAACUCAGUUUUGUAUGAUGAUGAGCAUUUUGGCCACAUUACCCACCAACAUGGGAGGAUUAGAAGGAGGUGUUGUAUACAUUGACACAGAGUCAGCAUUUAGUGCUGAAAGACUGGUUGAGAUAGCAGAAUCUCGUUUUCCCAGAUAUUUUAACACUGAAGAAAAAUUACUUUUGACAAGCAGUAAGGUUCAUCUUUAUCGGGAACUCAGCUGCGAUGAAGUUCUACAAAGAAUUGAAUCUUUGGAAGAAGAAAUUAUUUCAAAGAGAGUUAAACUUGUAAUUAUUGACUCUGUUGCUUCCGUGGUAAGAAAGGAGUUUGAUGCACAACUUCAGGGCAACAUGAGAGAAAGAAAUAAGUUCUUGGCCAGAGAAGCUGCCACCUUGAAGUAUUUGGCUGAGGAAUUUUCAAUCCCGGUUAUCUUGACGAAUCAAAUUACAACGCAUCUAAGUGGAGCCCUAGCUUCCCAGGCAGACCUGGUGUCUCCAGCUGAUGAUUUGUCCCUGUCUGAAGGCCCUUCUGGAUCCAGCUGUGUGACGGCUGCCCUAGGAAACACCUGGAGUCACAGUGUGAACACCCGGCUGAUUUUCCAGUACCUUGGUUCAGAGAGAAGACAGAACCUGACUUCUACAAAAAGACAAUGGUCAUCAAAAUGUGUGAAAAAUGAAGUUUGGAAACACCUGCAGGGGAAAGAGAAAGAUUCUCAUUGCCAAGUCCCCUCUGGCUCCCUUCACCUCAUUUGCUUAUACCAUCCAGAAGGAAGGCCUGGUUCUUCAAGGCCUUACAUGGAACGAGAGUUACUGUCCAGCUGUCAACCAGACCCCACCCGGGAAAGUCUCCAUUUAAAGGGAAAAGAACUGAAUCACCCACAGCUUUUACAGAGAGGUGUUAAUAAUAUUUUUGCUUUCCGUUCUAAUUAUAAAAAUACUGCGUGCUUACGGUAGACAUUUCAGAAUAUAGUAAAAUACUAAAAGUAAAAAUCACUCAUAAUUUCAUUGCCUGAAGAUAAUCAUUGUUUAUAUUUUUGUAUAUUUCCCUCCAGUCUUUUUUUUUUUCCAUAUGCACGUGUAAUUUGUGUUUAUUGUUGCCAGUUUUAUUUGGCUUUUAGCAAAAUUGAGACACACCGUUUACAGUUUUCCUUGCCAUCUCAUGGCUGUACCCAUUAUCAGUUUAAUCAAUCCCCAUUUGUUGGACAAAGAGUUGCUUCUCAGUUUUUAUAGUAAAUAAUAUAGCAAUCA